AUGUUUACGUCUCUAAUCGCAGGAAUAUUAGUCCAAGUGUCAUUUGCCCUCGCCGUCGUCGUCGGGUGCGCGCCGACCAAGUCGCCGAAAGAGCGCACGAAGACGAAAAGCCCGUCACCCCCUGCGUCGCACGUGCCGUCGACCGCGCCGUCGACGCUCGGCGCCAGCACGGCGACCAGCCUGCACGAGCGACGCCACUGGAAGCCCGACCAGAAUGAGCUGCUACCGCCUAAAACGCCGGUGCACCAGCACCCCGCCGGCGCCGCGCCCCUUGAGGUGACGCUGCCCGAGGAGGCGAAUGUCUACAUGGGAUGCGCCGACUUGGGGCCGGCAGCAAUGAAACGAAUUCAUCGGCGGCUCGAACUGCUCAGCUCGGAGAUGGAGAUGCAGAUGGACACGGCGCCGCCGACACAGGGCGAGAAAAGAGUCAAAAUCCUCGACCGCUGUGAGGUGUGGACGACGAAGAACGCCGGCAUCAGCAGC